AUGGAUCUGAAUGGUUCCCAAUGGACCACGGAUCCGGUGUCGCAAUCCAUAUCCUCCACUGAAGGACGGCCUCAAGCGCAACCGCAGCAAUUGAGCCACCGCAUUUCUAGUCUGUCCGACUUCAGCGACUACGAUUCCUUCGACAUCUACCAAUCUGCCGUUUUGAUACACCACCAGGAUUCGCGGCCUCAGCUUCGUGGACGCGAGUCGCUUGUCUCGUUCGCAGCUUCUAACGCCGACAAUAGCCCUGAUGUUUACAGUACCAACAAUGACGCACAGAGACACCCGGGAACCGCUUCGCCUUUGCGGCAUGCCCCACAGACAACAAGCUCUAGGAGUUCCAAUGCGCCGUCUGUGCCCAUUGUUUCGACCCGGACCGUUGGCCACAGACAUCUCCCGAAAUCCAAUCUGCAAAUUAGCUCUUCCUAUGAUACAAUCAUAGAGGAGGACGGGCGCGACAGCAUAGAUAUGGCAACGCUGCUACACAAUGCCGCUCCAAUAGCCCACCAUCCGUCUUCGCUAUCUUCCGAGCCAUAUACAUCGCUUGCCAGACGAGACCUUGAGAACGAGGAUGUUAUAAAGGGCGUCGAUGUGCCGUUCGAUAUGGCCAGUUACCUAAAGCCGGUCACGAGCCACGAUGCUACAUUUGUUAAGAGGCUGCAAGAACAAGAAGCCAAAGGAAAGCUUACCCUAGGACUCGGCGCCGGCUUUCAGCCUGGCACCAAGAUGAGUGAGUCUGAGCUACUGGCUACAUCUCCAACAGUUAGCCGAGAAGGCAACGUGUCGCUAUUUCAAGCAAGCUCUCUGCGACGUACGCUAUCUAAGCGGGAGUCGUACGCCCCGGCAUCGCCACUCACAGCCUUACCCUUGCCGGCGUUGGCUUUCAAGCUCAAGAGACAAGACACCGUCAAGGCGCUCGCUCAGAACGAGGCCAAUAGGCGGGGCGAAAUUGUCGAGGUCAUUAUGGAGGAAGAUGGCGACACCAGUUACGGAGGAGAUGUUACGGGACUGGAUGUUAAUGGGGCGGCAUCCAAGGUCGACCUGAGUGUUUUUUCGGGUCCCGAUGUUGGGAACGACACCACAGUUACAAGUGACAUCAGCGGUACUAAAAGCAGUCGACUGCUAAUUACUGCCCAGUCGCUGCCCAUGCGGCGCCAGACGACGCAGGUGUUCUAUCCCCAGCCAGACUGGAAGCCCUUCUCGAUGCGAUGGCCGUAUCUACUGAUGUUGAUUCUGCUGUCAGUGGGGCUAGGUUUGGGACAGGAGCUGGUCUACCGCAUGUCGCUCCGUCAUCCGAUAGUGAAGUUCAACUCGCCCUCUGAAAUCUCUGGCAUUUCAUACUUCUCUGUCAAGUUUGCCCCGACAAUCAUCACCGUGCUGUUCGGUGUUCUGUGGCAGAUUACCGACUUCGAGGUUAAGCGUUUAGAGGCGUUCUAUCAGUUGAGCAAAGACACAGGCUCUGCAGCAGACGAGUCCAUCAAUGUGGACUAUGUGAUCUUUUUCGCCUUCUUUCGUCCUUUUCGGGCGCUAUACUGCAGGCACUAUGCGGUGGCAGUGUCAUCGGUCGCGUCGUUGCUAGCAGUGUCACUGGUACCGACGCUGGGCGCUGCCGCCAUUGUGCUGACGCCGGAUCGAAAAACUCGUAUGGAGAAUCCUCGAGGCGAGAAACAAGUGCUGAUCAGCGGUGUGUGGUCGCGCACGUUGACGGCAACAUGUUUUGUCAUCGCGGCACUUGGCUGUUUGCUCUUCUGGCUGCUGCGGAGCCGACGAUCGGGUCUGCUGUCCGAUGUAAGGGGCAUUGCAGGCUUGGCAUCUAUGGCAGUGGUGAGCCACAUCAUGACAGACUUCAAGGGCAUGGACGUGGCCACGCACGAGGACAUUCAUCGCAAGCUCCGCGGCCAUCGCUACGUACUGCGCAACUCGACACUGGCGCCGCUGGAUAACGAAGACGGAGCCAUAUCGAAACUGGAACAAAAGCGCGACAGCGAUCGAUACCGGGAAAACCACCUGUCCAAAAAUCCGCACCCGCUGAUGCUCCGAGCGCACGGGUGCAUUCCGUUCAUAGUCGGCAUCCUCCUGUUUGCAGGCCUGGUACCGGCGGUGCUGUUUACACCAUCCGGUGCAUUGGCCGAACACGCCCCAUGGCUGCUGACGGCUCUGGCUGUCAGCAUCAAGCUCGGAUGGGGUGGGCUGGAAACGUCGGUGCGGAUGAUGGAGCCCUACUACAUUCUAUCACGGCGACACGCUCCGGCGAAGACGUUGACGCUGGACUACACGGCGAUGCCUUUUUUGUGGGUGGCGCUGCAGGCGCUCACAAACGGGCAUCUCCUAGUCUUCUUUUUGGGGGUUGGCACGGUGAUGGCCGAGCUGCUCACGGUGUUGGUAACGUCUCUGGCCACAGUGGAGGGCGGGAGUUUCACGGUCUCUCGGGGCAACGACAAGGAUUCCUCGAACGCUGAGAGUGGCGAGGAGACGGCGCUGUCAUUUUGGGUGACGCUGGGACUGUCGUCGUUUAUCUUGACGUACAUGUCCGUGGUGGCACUGGUGGCAUUUGUGCGACGACGGCGGCCGUUUAUGCCACGGCAGCCCAAUACGAUUGCAUCUGUGCUGGCAUUCAUCCACCAAAGCCGGUUGCUCUAUACGUUUGUGGGUACGAGCAAGAUGAGCAACGCAGAAAUGCUGCACAAGCUGGAGCAGGAAGACAACACGUACGGGCUCGGCUGGUUCGAAGGACGCGACGGGCAGACGCACUGUGGCGUGGACCAGGAAGAGCUGACGAGCAGCUACAAGGUCGGGUAUGACUACACCCGGAGCAACCAGCCGUGGAUCGAGCGGCCAGCAGAGUGGCUCUAG